AAUUAAUUGUUAUGAAAAGAAUUAUAAUGUUGUUUAUCUUUCUACGAAUUUGAAAUAGUUUUUUGAUUGUAAGGAAAAAAAACAAGUUUGGCUUCGUAAAGUAGGUCAUAGGAGAGUUUGUUAAUUGCUAUCAACUUUUUGAUCUAAUCUUUGUUGUAAACUAAACUAGUUUGCAAGUGGGUUUCAAGAAGAAGAGGCGAAAAGAAGAGGAAAGAUUAGAUAAGCAAAAUGGAAAGAAAUUGAAUUAAAGCAUUUAUGUGAAUAAUUUAUUGUUAGAACUAUGGGAAAGCUUGACUUAGGUGUGCUAUUGUGGACACUUGGUGGAGUCGUGUGCUUAAAUAAUCAUUUGGAUAACAUUGGAGCUUAUGACAUUAAGAGCAAUUUUUCUGUUCCUUUUGGAGUUUCUCGACUUUAUUACUUUAAGUAGGAUAAAUGGGUGGAGAGGAAGAAGAUUGACACGACUUUUUAAUCCAAGUUUUUUAUUGGGUUGGUAUACGGUACAACAAUUAUGCUUUUUCAACGUUGAAAGAACACAUCUAAGUUUAGGACAAGGUUUAGUAUUUCUCGAUAUGACGCAUGCAAGUGAAUGAAACAAAAAGGGAAAAACGCAACCAGAGCCAAUCAAUAUGAAUGGAAUGGUAGCCAACGCAAAGCCAGAUUUUUGGUAUGGUUAUGCAUAUACUUCACAGACAAGGUGUUUGAUGAAAUGCUUCAGAGAAAUGGAUGCAGCGGUGAUUUAGGUAAAUGAUGCAAACAACCUAAAUGGGUCCCUCCAACCCAAUACUUUCAGUGCUUAGUGAGUCAUCAGAAGUCUAAUUAAAUUGGUUAUCAGUACUUAAAAAUUGUUACUUGAGAAUUUGCCUUUUUGUGGUAACUUUCAUUACGUCAUUGGUUCAUAAGGUCAGAUGUUAUUGGCUGCUUGAGUUUAAUGUAUUAUGCUUCUGUAGUCUGGUGGUGAGAAUCCCAAAGGAAAAGUUCUUGCCUGGAAUUGACUUUUAACGCCAUUAGUCUUUUGUUUUAACUUUUGAAUUGUUUCACCCACGACAUGAUUUCUUCUGUCACUUAUGAGCAUAUAUGUAUAUGUGCCUGCGCGUGUUUAUAUCCACAUUAGAUGCAUAUCAAGCACUGGAGCUGCACACUAAUAGGGUCAUUGCAAUAAUUUUUAGACCUUAUGCUCAUGUAAGUCUCCUAACAACUGUAGCUUUACUUUGCUAAAUUGGCCCACUUUUCCAACUUUAUCAUCCUAUAAAAACCCAUCAAUCCUCCUGCUUGUAUUCCUUGUCUCACCAUCAGUAAUCUGCUAGACAAACCCUCUGAAUCCACUAUCAAAAGAAUUCCAAAUAUGCUUCCAGGUGAAAUAACCGGCAUCCAGUUUUUUCCAUCCGAAAACUCUUUUCAAAUUCCUUCAAACAUUGACAUGAUGCAGAACAACUUUCAGACUCUCCAUCAUUUCAAUGGCUUCUUAGGCAACCUUCCGAUGUCUCACGUCCCUCAUCCCAGCCAUGAAUUCCUUGCACAAUCUUCAAGUUUUAGCUACAACUCAACAUCUGAUGAUGCAGAGGAACAACAGAAGAGUAUUAUUGAUGAGAGAAAGCAGAGGAGAAUGAUUUCUAAUAGAGAAUCAGCUCGUAGAUCGCGGAUGAGAAAACAGAAGCACCUUGAUGAGCUUUGGUCUCAGGUACUUCGGCUUCGCACCGAGAACCAUAAACUGAUAGACAAGUUGAACCAUGUAUCUGAUAGCCACGAAAAGGUUCUUUUGGAGAAUGCCAGACUCAAGGAAGAAGCCUCCGAUCUUCGUCAGAUGCUCAGUGACCUACAAAUUGGCAGCCCUUACACUCCUUGCUUGAGUAACCUCGAAGAUAUUCCCUGCAACACUGCACAUCUCAGAGCUGAAUCUUCAUCAUGCCAGUCCAUCGCCAACUCCAUUGAUAACCUACUCCAUUGAGGAUAAAUCUUUUAACUCUCUGAUAAGAACUUCUAGUUCUUUUCUUUUUAUCUAGUUUUCUUAUUAGUCAUCAGUCUUUGCCUCGAGCUUGUAUGAAAUCAGUAGUAGAAUAAGAUUGUUUCAAGUUUCAACCA